AUGAAUGGGAGCAAUAUACCCACAUCAGCCAACCGUCGGCGAAGGUCAUCUCAGGCUUGCGUCUUCUGCCGACAGAGAAAGUUCAAACGCCACAACCAGCGACCUAUCUGUGCCAACUGUCGAACAUAUAGCAGAGACUGCGUCUACACUGCGCUACCGGUGAAGCCUAGACCAUCCAAUCGUCGGCUCUCAAAGUUGGAAGAAGAGAACCAUCAACUGCGACAAAGACUACAAGCUGACGGACAUAAUCUGGACAAUGAGAUACGUGCCCUUGCAACAUCGCCUGGGCAGAAACUGUCGCGAACAGGAGUAAACUCACCAGCCACUCUACCGGCGGUCGAAGAGCCUGGUCAGCCUGAGACUACGCAUUCCACAGUUUCUCGAAUUUUCAUCACUCCGAAUGGAGAAUCCAGCUAUCAUGGCCGCACCAGUACCCUCUUUGAUGAUACCGCGACUGACCAGCGGGUGCUUCAAAGUCUCGUGGCUGACCCGAAGAAGCCCCGCGAGUGGAUCAAGAAAGGAUUGAUGGGCGAAGCCGCGUAUCAGCGAAAAAUGGAGAUCCUGAACUCCCAACAAGGGAAAUUGGACUUUGAUGGCGAAGAGUCGGAUCUGGGCAUGCAUCUAUUAUCGCUUCACUGGAAUCGUCAAUAUUUCCUCAAUACCUAUCGCCCGGCCUUCAUGCGAGACAUGGCUUGUGGCGGUCCAUACUUUUCCAAAUUACUCUUGAACGCGAUCUACUUCGCGGCCUCCAAGUUCAGUCCCCGUCUAGAAGUCCGUCAGAAUCCCGAAGAUGUUCGCACCGCGGGUUGGCGCUACCGAAGGCGAGUGAAGGAACUGCUCGGCAGUGCCCUAGAUCGGAGCGAUAUCACCACUGUCCAAGCCUUGCUUGCUGGCACCGCAUUUAGGAUGAUCAUUGAUCUGGGAAUGCACAUUGAUGCGCCCUUUUUAAUAAAUAUGCGUCGGUUGUCCGAAGAAGAUUUGGAGAUCAGACGACAAGUCUUUUGGGGAGCAUUUGUUGUCGACAAGGUCCAGUCGCUAUACCAAGGACGACCGCCGAGUUUCCAAGUCUUCGACACGAAUGUCCCGUUGACAUUCCUCGAUCGGUACGAAGAGCUCGAGCAUUGGACCCCGUUUGCCUACCCUGGUAACCCUGGCUUGAGAUAUCCAGGUUCUCCGGCCUACAGUGUCUCCACAUUCAUAGAGAUAUGCAAGUUGUCCGUCAUUCUGAAUGCAAUACUCAACAAAGUGUACUCGGAGAAAAGCCCGAAACGUGUACCAGAGGAAAUGGUGUCCAGUUUGACCACGUUAGACUUCGACCUUCAGCGAUGGCACGAGGGGCUCCCAUCUCACUUGAAAUUCGACGGUCCUCAGGAUACCCCUCCGCCCCACGUCCUCUUCCUGUUAGCGCUAUACAACGUGCUUAUGAUUCUCCUCCAUCGCCCCUUCGUGGCGGAAGGUCAUCUCCACAAUACGGUCCCAUCCACUGCGAUUAACUCGUUCCGCACCUGCACCACGGCUGCCAAAGCCAUCAUUAAGCUGCUUCAAGACUAUAACGAGACAUUCUCCACCUGCCGCGCUCCUUAUCUGAUUUCAUACGCCACAUACUGUAUCCAGGUCCACGCCAGCCUACGUACGUGUCUGUCUGCGUUUGACGAGAACCAGGAUACGAAUUGGGCUGUUCGACGCGCCAAGAAUGUUGUGAUCCACUUGAUGGAGCGGAUGGUUGUUUCGCUUGACCGGACUCAUCGCACUUUAGAACGGGACAAUAGCCGCAGUAGCUCCGCAGAAAACGAGUCUCUAGAUAGUCUUCAUCCAAUGCCCACACCGGUCACAUUGCUUCCUAGCACUGAGCAGACAGACCCCAUUGACCUUAGCCCGGUUUCUCAGGCCGACCCUGAGACUGCGGAGCUCGAUAUGGACAUGAUCAUCCAGAGCUUUAUCACGCAGGGAAAUUACGACUUGACCUUCGAUACGUGGUCUCCUCCGGUUGCUAACGUGUCGUUUCACGAUAUGCUGUUUGGGUUCAAUGGGUCGGGACAGGAUAUGUCAUGA